AUGGAGAAUAAAAGAAAUGUGACUCAAUUCAUUUUAAUAGGUCUUACACAGAACCCCAAAAUGUGGAAAGUAUUGUUUGUGGUAUUUUUGGUUCUAUACACGGUAACACUCUCAGGCAACCUGCUCAUUGUGGUUACCAUCACCACCAGCCACACUCUGAACUCCCCCAUGUACUUCUUCCUGGCCCACCUUUCCUUGAUAGACACAAUUUAUUCUUCUUCUUCAGCUCCUAAGCUGAUUGUGGACUCACUUCACAAGAAGAAGAUGAUCUCCUUUAAUGGGUGUAUGGCUCAAGUCUAUGCAGAACAUAUUUUUGGUGCUGCCGAGAUCAUCCUAUUGACGGUGAUGGCCUAUGACCGCUAUGUGGCCAUCUGCAAACCUCUGCACUGUGCGACUGUCAUGAACCACAGGCUGUGCAUUCUCCUGCUGGGAGUGCCCUGGACUGGAGGAUUUCUCCGUGCAACCGUUCAGAUCCUCUUUAUGGUCUGGCUGCCCUUCUGUGGCCCCAAUGUAAUAGAUCAUUUCAUGUGUGACUUGUACCCUUUGUUGAAACUUGUCUGCAUGGAUAUUCAUACCCUUGGUCUCGUUGUUGCUGCCAAUAGUGGGUUCAUUUGCCUAUUAAACUUCCUCCUCUUGAUGGUCUCCUAUGUGGUCAUCUUGUGCUCCCUAGAGAACUAUAGCUUGGAGGGGAGGCACAAAGCCCUCUCCACCUGUGUCUCUCACAUCACAGUAGUGGUCUUAUUCUUUGUGGCCUGCAUAUUUGUGUAUCUGUGCCCAGUGACCACUCUGCCCAUUGAUAAAGCUGUGGCUCUCUUUUAUACUAUCGCGGCCCCGAUGUUAAAUCCCUUAAUCUACACCCUCAGAAAUGCAGAGGUGAAAAAUGCAAUAGGAAACUCUGGAGGAAAAAAUUGACUUCAGAUAAU